AUGACAUUGUCGAAUCAAAUAAAUAUGAAAUUAAAUCAAAUAGUUGAUAAAGAAGUUGACCAAAACGGAAUUGAGUCAGAAUAUUUGUGAGAUCUUUCCUCAAAAGAUUUUUCUCGAGCUUUAAAUAGAGUAAACCUAUCAACAUUUAAGGUCGAUUUUUCUUUCACAAGCUCUACUUAUCCUAUGCGUAUAAAAAUUCUGAUGACCCUUCCCAAUAAUCAGUUUCUUGGGCUAAAGAUUAGAGGAUUUGAUAGCGAUUACGACUAUUUAUUCAUAUCAGAUGAAAAGUUUAAUAUUAAAAUAAUAGAAAAGCUUCCCAAAAACACACACUAUUCGAAUCUUACUUCUUGUUUUUAUGAUGAUUCAAUUUUUAUAUUUGUUGAUUAUAAACGGGAAGGGAAAUUCUAUUACUGUGCUAAAAGAUAUUUAAUUUACCAAAAUAAGUGAAUUAAUUUAGCAUCUCUUGGUUUUGGAUUUUUCAAUUCAUGCAUCGGAUUAAAACAAAAAAUUAUUAUUAAAGAUGGAGAUGGUUUUGGAGUGUUGGUGUAUGAUAUAUUAUUAGACAAUUAUUACUCAUAUAAAAAUAUAAAAAUAGGUUGAUUAUGUAAUUGCACAUUCAUUCAAGAUUUAGGAAAAGUUUAUUUGAUAGGGCGAGUUCAAGAUAUUGAAGGAUAUAAUAUUUAUACAAUUGAUGACUCUUUAUCUGAGUGAACAUUUUUAGGUUAUUAUCACAAUAGUUUUAUCUGCGAUUACUUUACACAUUAUAAAGGUUCAAUUUAUUUUGUUAGAGGCCAAAUUUAUGAAUUUUCACUAAAAAACGAGAAAAACGUUUAA